UUAAGGCCUAACCUCAUCCUACAUGGUAAAUCAUCCAUGGCGGUUUCAGGGUCAACCUUCGCCUGCAAGCAUCAUUUAUCUCUUCGCCCUCCUCUAUUCCACUGCUUUCGCAAAAUUCGGUUCAAUUCCGUUGCUGCAAUCGAGACGCUUGAUGAACCAGUGGAUUUUAUCAAAGAUGACAGCAGUCAAGGCCCUCAUUUUUCACCUGGAAAGAACGUGAGUGGAGAAGAAAUCAAAUUGCCACGCUGGAAGAAGCUUAAUUCUCUGGAUCUUGGAAUUAGCUCUUCAAUGAUUUCCAAUCCAACAAGAAAAGUUCUUAAUGGGCUCAAAAGAGAAGGAUAUGAUGUUUACCUUGUAGGAGGUUGUAUUCGGGAUCUUAUUUUGAAGCAAACACCGAAAGAUUUCAAUAUUAUCACUACAGCACAACUCAUAGAGGUGGUGAGUGCAUUUUCACGGUGCAAAAUAGUCGGAAGGCGGUUUCCAAUAUGCCAAAUGCACAUCGAUGAUACAACAGUGGAGGUUUCAAGUUUUAGCACGUCUGCACGGAAUUACGAUAGGGGGCUGACCUAUGAAAUUGAAAGACCUGCUGGCUUUGACGAGAAUGAUUUUGUUCGAUGGAGAAAUUGUUUGCAACGAGAUUUUACAAUUAACGGGAUAAUGUUUGAUCCGUAUGCAAUGAUAAUUGACGACUACACGGGAGGAAUUGAAGAUAUUAAAAAGGCUAAAGUACGAACUGUGAUUCCUGCAAGUACUUCUUUUCAAGAGGACUGUGCUAGGAUACUACGUGCAAUAAGAAUUGCUGCCCGGUUAGGCUUUAGUUUUUCUAGGGAAACAGCUCAUUUUGUAAAAAAUCUAUCUUCCUCGAUAUUGAGACUGGAUAAGUCAAGGCUUCUGAUGGAAAUGAACUACAUGAUGGCAUAUGGUUCUGCAGAAGCAUCUUUGAGAUUAUUGUGGAAAUUUGGACUCCUAGAGAUACUUAUGCCUAUUCCGGCAGCAUAUUUUGUUCGCAAUGGGUUCCGGAGGCGUGAUAAGAGAUCUAAUAUGCUCUUGUCAUUGUUUUCUAAAUUGGACAGACUUCUGGCACCAGACAGACCAUGCCACAGCAGUUUAUGGGUUGGAAUUUUAGCAUUCCAUAAAGCACUUUCAGACAAACCUAGAGAUCCUUUGGUUGUUGCUGCAUUUAGCCUGGCCAUCCACAAUGGCGGAGAUAUAUCCGAAGCUAUAAAUAUUGCCAAGAACAUCAAGACAUCGCACGAUAGUAGUUUUCAUGAACUAUCCGAACCACGGAAUCCAGGGAAUCGAGCAUUAGUAAAUGAGGUGAUGGAUCUUGCUGCAUCCGUUAAACGCAUUUUGUGCCAGAUGACAGAUGUGCAUUACGUCUCGCAAGCGAUGUCGGCAUACCCUCAAACCCCGUUUUCAGAUCUCGUAUUUAUACCCCUGGCAUUGUAUUUGAAAGUUUGCAAGGUCUUCGAGUGUGUGACAAUGGGUGCAGAGAACGGAUUCGUAGCGAUGCGAGGCAGCCGGAUAGAUUACGAGUGGCUAGCAUUAGGCAGCCUCGGGGAAAUUCGACAUACAUUUGCUAGAGUUGUUUUCGAUACGGAAUACCCUAUAGCCCUAACCUAAGCUAAGAUGCUGCAU